AUGUUCCAGCCACCAGAGCCAAACCGCUAUGGCAUUCCGACUGGCCAUGAAAAGCUUAAUGCUAUGCUGGAACGCGGGUGGUUUGUGACGAUACCCGACUUUGAGGGACCCCGCGCGGCCUUUGGCGCAACCGUGCAGGCCGGCCACGCCACAAUUGACGGCAUCCGCGCUGUGCUCUCCCUAGCCGGACACCCCGAGUAUCCACUCCCCGAUUCCGCGGACAAGAUCAGGUAUGCCAUGUGGGGAUACAGCGGCGGCUCACUGGCAUCCGAGAAAGCUGCCGAGCUGCAAGUCCAGUACGCGCCCGAAAUGACAUCGGGGUUCGUCGGCGCCGCGCUCGGGGGCCUGGUGAGCAGCGCCGCGUCCGUGUGGGAGGCCACUAACAAGACGCUCUAUGCGGGGAAUUUGGUCCUCAUCUUGCUCGGUACUAUGAAUGAGUACCCCGAGUUCGAUGCCCACGUUCGUAGCCGCCUCAAGACCGAGGGUCCUCGAAAUGCAGAUGGGUUCCUCGAGGGUCUCAAGAUGAAUUCCCUUCUGGCCUUCCAGGCCUAUGCGAAUCAGGAUAUUUACGAGUACUUUGUCGGCGGGCGAGAGGCCAUUGAGAGUUCCGAAGUGUACCGCAGAAUCCGCCACACCGAGUGGACCUUGGGUUUCCAUGGCUGCCCGACCAUGCCUCUCUACAUCUACAAGGCCGUUGCUGACGAGAUGACGCCGAUUGCCGAUACGGAUGAGCAUGUUGCGCUCUAUAAGCGCUUUGGGGCAUCCAUUCUGUACGAGCGCAACACGGCUGGUGGCCAUGUCCCCGAGAUUGUGAAUGGCCAAGAACGUGCCAUGAAGUGGCUCAUUGAUGUUUUGGAAAAUUCGCAUGUGCAAGAGGGUGUCACUAUUCGCGAUGUAAGCGUGGACGAGUACAAGCAUCCGGCCCUGUGA